AACGUCAACAAUCCUGAAAAUGUCGUCGAUACGUUAUCCCAUGAUAUGCAUCUUUAUACUAUGCUUAGUUACCUCAGUGACGUUAAUAUCCUUAUUUUAUAUGCUGUCUGGAAAAGGCAGCCAACUGGACAUCGGAUGGUUCCUCACCAAAACCUCUCCCUACAUGUGGUGUUCCAUAGGAGUUGGAUUUUCGGUAUCCUUAUCAGUCAGCGGCGCCGCCAUCGGGAUUUGGACCACUGGGGUCAGCAUAAUGAGUGCUGGCAUAAGAGCUCCAAGGAUCAGCACCAAGAAUCUGGUAUCCAUAAUUUUCUGUGAAGCUGUGGCUAUUUAUGGAAUGAUAAUGGCUAUAGUCUUGACCAGCAACUUCGUUGAGAUCACGGAAACUUCUUUGAAAAAUCCGGAGAUAAUGCAGAAUAAUAUGAUGGCUUCCUAUUGUAUAUUUGGAGCUGGACUGACUGUAGGUUUGGUUGAUUUUUUUUGUGGAGUGUGUGUGGGAAUUGUGGGUUCUGGGGCUGCUCUUUCGGAUGCUGCCAAUAGGACUCUUUUCAUUAAGAUUCUGAUAAUUGAGAUUUUUGGCAGUGCUAUAGGGCUGUUUGGAUUGAUUAUAGGGAUUUAUCUGACUUCGAGGAUGAAUAUGAUUUUGUAAGUUUGAUUGAUGUAGAUUUAUAAGUGUAUUUAAGGUGAAAAAUGUGCAAUUAAGAUAUCUGAUAGUGAAUUUUAGUGAAUUAUUUCCCUCAAAAAUUCAUACUAGUCUGUAUGAAGAUUUUUCAAUGUUAAUAUCGAAUUAUUACACUAUAUGUUGAAUUUACUUUCGAUG